AUGUCCUGGUCUACUGAAGCUAUUGUCGCCUUUAUUACUUUGCUCGUCACCUUGCCUCCGUCCGCCCUUGUGGUAUGGACAUACCUCAAGAGGAGGCUACGUGGGCGCUCCCUGCUAGUUCCUAAUAGCCCAGCUGCGAUAUCCAACAACUUCUUCUUCUCUUCGUUCUCUCGAAACUUUACCUUUUCCUACACUGGCAAUCCGAACGCUUUGCUUGAAUCGGGGAUAUACAACCUAGGGACUUCAUCUGUGCCGAUCGUACAUAAUCAUCCUCUGGGGGGAAUGAUCGCACCGGAAAGCCCUCUUCACUCGCUUCCACUUCGCCAGGAUUAG